CUGCAGCAUGGGGCAGCUGCUGUCCCCAGUGGCUCUGCUGCUCUUGGUGUCAGCUGCCUCCCAGGCUGCAGAAGACCUGAAACCUGUGGUGCUGCUAGACCCUCCGUGGGACAGGAUGCUCCAGGACGACAGAGUGACUCUCAAGUGCCAGGGGGUCCCCCCUGCUGCGAACAGUUCCAUACAGUGGCUGCACAACGGGAGCCUCAUCUCAAGCCAUGCCCCCACCUACACCAUCACAUCUGCCCGCGCUGAAGACAGUGGAGAGUACAGGUGCGGCACCAACAUCUCCUCAAACCUCCCUUUGAACAUCUCCUCGAACAUCUCCUCGCUCAGUGACCCAGUGCAGUUGCAUGUCCGCGUCGGCUGGCUGGUGCUCCAGGCUGCGCGGUGGGUGAUCCAGGAAGGGGAGCCCAUUCAUCUGAGGUGCCACAGCUGGAGGAACAAGUGCUUGCACAAGGUCACCUAUCUACACGAAGAUGGCAGAGGCGUCAAGUAUUUUCAUUACAAUACGGACCUCCACAUUCCAGAAGCCAAACGCACCUUCAGCGGCUCCUACUUCUGUAGGGGACUUGUCGGAAAGAAAAAUGUAUCUUCAGAGACUGUGAUCAUCACUGUUCAAGCCAAUCCAAGCAUCUCACCCUCCGUUCUGUCCUGGUACCUGAUCGCCUAUGGCCUGGUGAUGGGGCUCCUGCUGGCCAUGGACACAGCACUGUACUUCUCUGUGAAGAGAAACCUUCGAAGCUUCCUCAACACCCGGAAGGACUACACACUCGUGUGGAGCAAGGACACUCUGGACAAAUAACAUCUUGGCAGGGGAGGGGGGAACUACAAGGACAGUGGCAGCAGAUCUCCAAAUUUCUCCAUGAAUUUGCAACAUCCUCAUCCCCAAGGGACAUCCCUGACAGCGACCAGAACCUACAUGCAGGGUCCUCCCCACUCCCUGGUCCCUCC